AUGACCGGCCUGCACAAUUCGAAUAUUAAGGAAAUCAAAGUGCCCUUUGCAAAUGGAAGCAAGUUUUAUCAAUAUUUUGCAGCAUUGACUGUCAAUUUGGGAAUAGUAUGCAGCGAAAUGCAUUAUGGCUGGCCGUCCCCUUAUAUUCCAGUUCUGCGCAGUGGAAAUUACACUUUCCAGAUAACCAGCGAAGAGGGAUCCUGGCUGACGGUAAUCCCACUGAUUGGGGCCAUAACGGGCGCUUUCGUCACUGCUCUGAUUGUGGACAGAUUGGGGAGAAAGAAACUGAUCAUAUUUUCCUCGAUUCCCUUUCUAGCGUCUUGGCUAAUGGUUGGAUUCGCGAAGUCAUCGAGUUGGAUGUUCGUCGGUCGUUUUCUAGCAGGUGCUGCCGAUGGAUUAUCGUUCACUGCAGUGCCCAUGUAUCUGGGAGAAAUAGCUGAACCGAGAAUAAGAGGCCUCCUAGCCUCAGCCUGUCCAGUCCUGAUAGUAUUCGGCAUACUCCUCAUCAAUAUCCUGGGAAGCUGCCUGCCACUGGACACAGUGGCCUUCAUCGGAACGGCCAUCCCCAUAUUUCUCCUCCUCACUUUCUCUUGGAUGCCAGAAAGCCCCUACUUCUAUUUGAUGAGGGGUAAUGAGAAGGAAGCGAGGAAGAGCCUCCAGAAGUUCAGAGGAAGGAGUAACGUUGAAGCUGAGUUGAGGAGAAUGUCCAAGGCUGUGAUCGAGCAGAAUGAAACUAGAGGAUCUUUCUUGGACUUGUUGAGGAUCAGGAGUAAUCGGAAGGGAUUGAUUAUUACAUUAGGUUUGAGAGGAGUUCAGCAGCUAACAGGUACUACAGUCAUAAUAUUCUACUGCAAGACGAUAUUCGAAGAAUCUAAUGGUUUCAUCGCAGCCAGUACAGCUACAAUCAUAUACUUCUCAGUGCAACUGUUCUUAUCGGCAGUGAGCUCAUUCGUGGUGGAUUUUUCCGGAAGAAGACCACUACUGAUUAUAUCCACCGCAGGUACUGCUGUCACCUUGUUGGUGAAUGGUACCUACUUGUAUUUGAAGAACUGUUCAAAUAUUGACAUUAGUGGAUUGGACUUCAUCCCUCUUCUGUGUCUACUCUGCUUCGUGAUCAUAUUCAGCUCAGGUUUGCAGACGAUUCCUUUGCUAGUGAUGGGGGAGAUAUUUCCAACUAAUGUUAAAGCUUUUGCACUUUGCUCGAUGGAUAUCUACUAUAGUGUUAUGUGUACUCUAAUUUCGAAAUAUUUCCAUUGGUCUAGUGAGACGUAUGGAAUGCAUGUGCCCUUCUUUACUUUCACAGUUUGCUGUAGUCUGGGACUUGUUUUUAUAAUUUACUGUAUCCCUGAAACCAAAGGGAAGACUCUAGAAGAUAUUCAGGCUGAACUAGGUAGUCAUGAUAAGAAAAUCAUUAUAUUGAAUCCAGAAUCAUUUGUUUAUUAG